AUGGAGAAAAGUGAAAUUGCUCGUCCCAUUAGCACAAUUCUUGAUGGUUCUAAUUAUAUUACAUGGACCAAUAAAAUAAAAAGUUUCUUAAUUGGACGAAAAUUAUGGCGUAUUGUCACGGGUGAUAUUGCCAAACGGACCAAACAAGACAAGGAAGAUGAUGAAAAAUUUAUCGAACGUCUUGAAGAAUGGGACAACAAAUAUCAUCAGAUUAUCACCUGGCUUAGUAACACAUCAAUUCCUGCUAUCCAUACACAAUUUGAUGCUUUUGAAAAAGCUGGACAAUCAGUCAAUGAGUAUCUAGCCGUGCUUCAACCUAUAUGGACUCAACUUGAUCAAGCUAAAAUCAGUCAAGAUCAUCUUCGUUUUAUUAAAGUCCUUAUGGGACUUCGUUCAGAAUAUGAAUCUGUUAAGGCUGCCUUGUUGCACCGCAGUCCCUUGCCCUCAUUGGAUGCUGCUAUCCAAGAAAUAUUAUUUGAAGAAAAACGUCUUGGCAUCAAUCUCUCUAAACAUUCUGAUGUUGUUCUUGCCAGCACUUAUUCAUCACUUGGAGCAUCAAGCACAUUUUGUAAGAAUUGUAAGCUCACUGGUCAUAAAUUUAUUGAUUGUCCUAAAAUAGAAUGCAGGUACUGCCAUAAACCAGGUCAUAUUCUGGAUAAUUAUCCCACAAAACCACCUCGACCUCGAAGCUAUUCUACAAGAGCAAAGAACUUCACUAAACCCAGGAACUCCUCUGUUGUUGCUGCUACUUUAGACAAUCCUACCACCCUCCAGUUUCAGAUAAGUGAUCUUUAA